AUGGAUAAAGUUAAAAGAAAAAGAAAUGGACAUGGUAGAACUGUUAGAUUAAAGAAAAAAAUGUAUAUAAGUUUAAAAAUUNAAAAAUUGGCUGGUUAUUUGUCAUCAGAAACCAUUCAGUGGAACUUCAACCCCCCUAGAGCCCCAAACUUCGGUGGAUUGUGGGAGGCAGGAGUUAAAUCGUUCAAGUAUCACUUAAAAAGAGUUGUAGGUGGUACAAUCUUGACAUUAGAAGAGUUUCUCACCAUCACCAAUCAAAUCGAGGGAAUUUUAAACAGUCGCCCCAUUUCCCCGUUAUCAGUGGAUCCAGAUGAUCUUGAGGUAUUAACACCUGCUCAUUUCAUUAUAGGUAGACCAAUUGACACGCUACCAGAUAUUGAUCUCAAAUCUCUAUCAGAUAAUAGACUUUCACAUUGGCAACGUGUAACAAAAAUGACGCAAAUCAUUUGGAAACGGUGGACUAAUACAUAUUUAAAUAAUUUACAACAACGGAAUAAGUGGAUGAUUGAAAGAGAAAAUAUUAAAAUAGGGACAUUAGUCAUUAUCAAGGAAGAUAAUAUACCUAUCUUUAAGUGGUUAGUGGGAAGAAUUACAGAAGUUUUCCCAGGGUCUGAUGGUAAAGUAAGAGUUGUAAGUGUAAAAACAAAAAAUGGUGUAUUUAAACGCAGUGUAUCGAAAAUUUGUGUUUUACCUUUGGAGAAUUGAAAUUGUGUUUUGUAAAAAAAAAAAAAAUUGUUGUUUUGUAAGUAUGUAACUUGUUGAACCUUGGAAGGUUCAAGGCGGGAGGAUGUUAAGUUCAGUGUAACAUAUGUGAGACAUGUGUCAGGUGUGUGGAUGUCGGCAGGUGGUGAUGGACAGUCCACAGCUUGG